CGACUAAAGAGAGAACCUUGAAAAAUCGGAGAAGCCUUCUUCUUCUGCUUCCCUCAUCUUCUUGCCUUCAUACGAUUUCGAGGGCCCCAUUCGUUCUUCCAUUCGUUCUUCCAGAAGUUGUGUUUUGUCCGUCAAUCUCAGUCUCCAUUGCAUCAACAAGCUCGCCAUUGUUAGGUUUUUGAAUUGUAUUUGGGUCAGAUUAGCUGUGAUCAGGAUCGAAUCGAGUUCUCUCUCCCGACGACCGGGUUUACUUCUUGGCCUAUUUCUGCCAGCGAUUUUCAUCAUCGUCAAUGGGUUACGAAGACGAUCCGUACCGUGACGAGGAUGGUGAACCAUUGAUGGACUUUGACCAUAUACAGUCCGACGGCGAGCAAUCCCCCGAGCCGUAUAAUCCCGAGGAACUAUUAGAUGAGGAUAUUGGUGAUUGGGGCGGGCGACAGCGAUCUCAGACACCGGUCUAUGAUGGGGAGGCAUCGGAGCCCCAGGCCAGGCCCAGGAAGAGGUUGAUAAAAAAGAGCUUGGCUGGUAAGGAAGCCGUGCCCUCUAAUUUAUUGGACGAUUAUGAUGAUGUGAGGGACUUUACGCCGGACCAGUUUGUGAGGGAGGGGUCAGAGGAGAGGAAGAGGAAGAAGGGGAUUAGUAGUGGGAAGAAGGAGAAGAGAUUCAAAGGAGAAAAAAAAUUUGGAAGUGGUAGUGGAGGAAAGGGCAGGUUAUCGAAGAAAGCCUUCUCGGGCAAGGGGAUGAAGGAUCAUGAUGGGGAUGUCAAGGAGAUGUGGGAGACUAUUGCUGGUGGUGAUUCUGAUGAAGAUCAAGAGGGUACCAGAACACUAGAUGAUGAUAAUUUUAUAGAUGAUAGUGGUGUGGAUCCUGCUGAUCGGUAUGGAAGUGAUGAUGAGCCACGCUCUCCCCGCUAUGCUCCCGAGGCCGAGGAAGGUGAGGAGGAUGAAGAAAUUAAUGAUCUCUUCAAGAUGGGUAAAAAGAAGAAGAAGAAUGAGAAGAGUCCUGCAGAAAUAGCAUUGCUAGUGGAGAAUGUCAUGGCCGAGCUUGAGGUCACUGCUGAAGAGGAUGCUGACCUUAACAGGCAGGGGAAACCUGCUGUCAAUAAACUGAAAAAGCUGCCACUUCUUACUGAUGUCCUUUCGAAAAAGCAGCUCCAACAAGAAUUUUUGGAUCACGGAGUGCUAACUCUUCUAAAGAAUUGGCUUGAACCUCUACCGGAUGGGAGUUUGCCGAAUAUAAAUAUCAGAGAAGCAAUCUUGAAGAUCUUGACUGAUUUUCCAAUAGAUCUUGAACAAUAUGAUAGAAGAGAGCAGCUGAAGAAGAGUGGCCUUGGGAAGGUCAUUAUGUUCCUAUCAAAAUCUGAUGAGGAAACCACAUCCAACCGAAAACUUGCGAAAGAUUUAGUAGAUAAAUGGAGUCGACCGAUAUUUAACAAAAGUACUAGGUUUGAGGAUAUGAGAAGUGUGGAAGAUGAAAGGGUUCCCUUUAGAAGACCAUUGGCGAAAAAGUUGGGAAAUAAAGCUGCAGGAAUUGAAUCUAGAGAUGGAGAUCUUGACUUGGAUGAAUUCUCACAGGGACGCAAGUCUGGUCAGUCAUCCUCCAGGCAACAUGCUUCACGGCCUGAAGCGACACCAUUGGAUUUUGUUGUUCGUCCACAAUCUAAGAUAGAUCCUGAUGAAAUCAGAGCUCGUGCUAAGCAAGCUGUGCAAGAUCAACGUCGCAUGAAGAUGAACAAAAAGUUGCAGCAACUGAAGGCUCCAAAGAAGAAGCAACUUCAAGCAACAAAACUCAGCGUCGAGGGCCGUGGCAUGCUCAAGUACUUGUGAUGUGUUUUAUUAAUAAACUUGUUGUCGAGAGAAUGAAAAGUCGGAGUCUGCCAUCAAUUGUAGCCUGGAACUCCCACAAAUGGCUUAAUAAUGAAGGAUUCAGGCACGGGGAAAGUAGCAGUUUGUGGUUCGUCUGCCAAACUCCUCCCUCCAACGACCACAAAUUCUCCAAGAGAUCUGAAUUACUAUUCUCUUUUUGCGGUUCAAAGUGCUACAGGUUUAACUUGUACAAAAUGACUAUCGUUUGCUUUCGGAUUGGAAUCAGAAUGGAACGCACUGGUUAUUGAAUGUAUGAUCAAGAUGCAGAAACUUUAAUAAGUUUUAUUCAGUUUUGUAAUGCUUUGAUUUCGUAUAGGCAAAACGUUUGUUUCA